UUCUGCGAGUCACAGAGUAAUACGGGCGUGCUUAGCGCUGGGUUUUUAAAAUUUUCUUGUUCCGCCAUAAUCCAAAGUAUCCCUAUCCGUGUAUUUCAAACAUUUAAAAUACCCGCAUUUUCAAGAAAAAAAAAUUAAUUAAAUUUUUUCUUGAUAUAAUCGUCUUACCGAUUUACGUAAACGGUUUAUUACAUAUCCUUCCAUCAUAAAACUUGCAUGAAAUCAAAUUAAAAAUAAAGUGAAAAAACAAUUAAGGUACCACGACUCGUAUUCCUUCAGUACUUACCGAAGAGCUUUGGGGAUAUAGAAAAAAGUGUGACUAAUAAUUUAUAUGAGUGUUUCCUGGAGACAAAACUUGUACGUCGCUUGAUAAAUAAACGAAACGGAGUUGAAAAGGAUUUUUAUAUCUAAAAAUAUUGUGUGUAUAACUUCCGGCGCGAUAAAUAGCGGAUUAAAAAAUAUAAUUGGAAUUUCAUUGUCAGCGGAUUUUAAUAUUUUGAUACUCCUUUUUUUGCAAUAUUCGCAACCAAAGUAAAAGGAAAUUGUAUUGCCGACUAUUGAAGAAGGGUUCAGUCAGGAACAGAAAUCGUAAUAUAUCAUUUUCACAAUCAACCCUCAUCUGGACUCAUUUCAUCUUUAAAGUUUCUUCUAAUAACUCAAAUAUUGUACACUUUAGCAUUUGUUUUGGUACUUCAAUUGGUUUUUAGAGUUAAUUUUUGAAGAAGUUUGAGAAUAAAGUACUAACAAAAUGGACGAGAGCAGUGCCGUACCCAACAUUAAUAUGAAAGACGAUCCAUCGGUGAAAUUGACCAUUCGACUGAUUAUGCAAGGAAAGGAAGUUGGAAGCAUCAUUGGCAAGAAGGGUGAAAUCGUCAAAAGAUUUAGAGAAGAGUCCGGAGCAACCAUUAAUAUAUCGGAUGGAUCAUGUCCCGAGCGUAUUGUUACAGUUUCAGGUUCAACAAAUGCAAUUUUCAAGGCAUUUUCCUUAAUAACUAAGAAAUUCGAAGAGUGGUGUUCACAGUUCAAUGAAAAUGGUACUUCAGGUGGUGGAGGCAAGACACAAAUUCCAAUUCGUUUAAUAGUACCAGCCAGUCAAUGUGGAUCGCUUAUAGGCAAAGGCGGUUCAAAAAUAAAAGAGAUUCGUGAUACGACUGGCUGUUCCGUUCAGGUUGCUAGUGAAAUGUUGCCAAAUUCAACUGAACGUGCGGUUACACUAAGUGGAUCCGCUGGACAAAUCACACAGUGUAUUUACCACAUUUGCUGCGUUAUGCUUGAGUCACCACCAAAAGGCGCUACAAUUCCUUACAGACCAAAGCCACAAGUAAACGGCCCCGUUAUUUUGGCAAAUGGACAAGCAUACACAAUUCAAGGAAACUAUGCCGUUCCUACGCAAGAGACCUGCACGGUAUAUCCACUAGCACUAGCGGGUGGUCUUCAUGCAGGAAUUUCUGGUUUAGCCGAUCCACUGUUAAAGGGAACACACCUUUCGGCGGCAAUGCCUCCACAUCAUCUGCAGCAUAUACACGACAUGAGCGGAUUAACCAAAAAUCCAUUAGCAAGCCUUGCAGCAUUGGGGUUAGCGGGUAUGGCACCAUCGAAUACGGGCGGCUUAAAUCCUACAGCUUUAGCCGCAUUGGCCGGAUCGCAACUUCGUUCAAACAAUCAAUCUCGUGGACAACCGCAACAGCAAUCCAAUCAACAACAACAAGAAAUGACUGUACCAAAUGAUUUGAUUGGAUGCAUCAUUGGUAAGGGUGGCACAAAGAUUGCUGAAAUUCGUCACAUUUCUGGUGCUAUGAUUCGCAUUUCGAAUUGUGAGGAACGCGAAGGAGGUAACACCGACCGAACGAUAACAAUUAGCGGUAAUCCAGAUUCAGUGGCAUUGGCACAGUAUUUGAUAAAUAUGAGCGUCGAACUCCAGAAGGCCAAUCUCCAAGAAUCAAAUAACCAAUCAUCAUCAUCACCAUCCGCUGGUGGUAGUAAUACACAAUCAAACAGUACAACUUCGUUAAUUGCAUCGUCCAACUCCAAUAAUUCAUUGGCAUCCGCAAUUCCAUUGGCCCAGCUAUUGACUAAACCUGGUGCACUGAAUGCGUUAACAAGUUUAUCAGCUUUGGGUGGUUUAACAGAUUUAUUAGGUGGAUUAGCCAGUAAUAUUGGUGGCCCACCGGUACAGACGACCGGUGUACAUAGACAGAAAAAUUUUACACCGCGUGUACGUUCGCCAAAUUCAAUGAACGAACGUGGCCGAAAUGAUCGGAAUAAGUUUAAUCCUUAUUAAAAGUUAGCGGAGCUUUUUUUUUGUUGUUUUAUAUUAUUGAAAAGUUCUUUUUUCAUAUUUAUAUAUAUCAUUAAUAUCAGCCUAGACCUUAAGAUUGUAUAAGACGUAAAGUGUAGGACAAGUUAUUGCUAUAUCAUAUUGGACGAAGGUUUACUCUAUUGAUUGAGAGAGAGUAUUCUGUAUAGUAUACUGGUUCUGCUUCGGUUACAAAUACUAGCUGCACCUUAUUUUUGUUUAACAUUUGAUAAUAGACAUGGAGCUGUGGAUAUCAAAUAAUUUCUUUUAUAUUUGUUGUACCAUGUACAUUGCUAAUUCUCUUCAUAUCAUCGUAAUGCGAGAUUUUCGAUUAUGUUAAAACAUUUUAAAUCGAAAAAAAAUAAUGUUCCAUCGCAUGCCUGGAAUAUUUGGACGAUUUUAUAUCAAAGUUUACAAAAAAACAAAUUUCCAUCCGUUUCAGUUUAUCAGUCUUUCAGUCAAGAACUGUAAAAUGAACCUUUUAUAUAAACAAAAAUGUCUCUAUGUACAGAAAUUCAAAUCAAUUUUCACAGUAAACAGUCAACUGUUAUCGAUGUUUUUCCGUUGGGUAAAAGUUAUUUUGUCAUAUAAAAUAAAUGACCCAAUUUCAAGGCAUGUGACUGAAGAACUUUUCCAAUUGAAUUCUUUGUGAAUUUUGUUGAAAUGCUGUAACCAUAUAAAAUGCAGCAUAGAAUAUGACAGAAGCGACAGUUGAUUUUGAAUUAUUUUAAUAUUGAACUUAAUUGUGGAAAAUUGGAUGGUAAACGAAAUGGCAUGUUGCACUAACCUCUUGCUUUUUUUAUUACGUAACUGAACUUUCUUUAUGGAAACGAAUAGGCCGGUUGUCCGUCUGAACAAUCCUAUCACAUUGAGUUUCCACAACUUAAGGCUACGAGUUACUGUCCAUAUCAUUACGAUGGUUUAUUUGGUUCCUAUUUGAUGAAGUGGGGCUGUAAUGCUACUUCAUUCGGAUUUAAAAUUGUGAUUUUACAGACAAUGAAAUUCCGCAGCUCCUGUACGAUUCUAAUUUUUAUUUUUGGUAGGAUUUGAGUUGUCAUUGAAUUCUAGAUCUUCAAAUGUUUAAGUGUGAUGUUUUAGAUAAGCAAAACGGCAGACACAAUGAUGUCGUUUAUUUGGAAUUAUUUUUUUUUUUGAUUUUUUGGUUUCCUCAUCGAGUUUUUAAGAUUUUUUUUUCAAUUUUGGUAAAUUACUUUAAGCAAAAAGAACUUCACUUUGACAUUUAAAUGUAGGACAAUAAGAAAUUUGUAUUUAUAGAAAAUUUGACAUAUAACAUCAGCAUAAUAUUAUAACAAUCGUGAAUAGAAAGUGUUUACAAAAAAAAUAAUAUUUUACUUUACGUUAGACGUUCAGAAAUAAUAGAAUCGAUUCGGUUGAUCGGAAAACAUCUACAGAUUCAUAGUUUAAUGAAACUGAGGAUAUUGAUCUCUCUAACUUAUUUUUAUGUCAAACGCAACUCCAUAUAUUGACACACGGCUACAUCACUUCGGAACAUUACUUAGAUUGUCAAUACUGAUGCAAUAUCAAUCAUAAAAUUUCCAAAAUUCAACUUUCUCGUUUGAUCAUAAUGCUUAAAUAUAUAGCGCCGAAGUGCAGUAAUUAGUUCUCUUAUGACAAAACGUACAUCUCCAUGACAUCAGCAUAGAGUUGUUUAUAAGUAAUAUCCACAUUUUAUUUCUCUGUGAUCGUAAAUGUUCCAUUGGAUUCGUUAAUAUAGAAACGCUGUUAUUUCUGAACUAUCCAACAAUAUUAUAAAAUUUGCUCAUGAGAUAAACACGUUUUGUUUGUUAGAAGUUUUUUUUGUUUUAAAUAACGAUCAAUUUCGGGUUCUAGCUCUUGUCUUUCUUUUUAAUAAAUAAACCGUAGUACUGA